GGGCGAAAAUAUGACUGGAUGCUGGAGUGCCUACCUAACUAAGGUCGGUAUGGCAUUGCUGUCAUUUGCUUCUAUUCUACCCUACGCCAUAUAGGUGCCUCCCCAGGCAAUGUACAAGAGGAGAGAGGGCAGCUUUCGGGAGGAGGUACGAGGUUACCCGGUAACGAGGUUACAGGUAUAUGGAGAUGUCGGGGGUGUCGGGAGCAUGCGAGUACCGAGAGUAUACGAGUACGUGGGAAAUCUGCUGGAGGCAAAAGCACAGCACCCGGGGCCAGGCUCGGGUUCGGCUUGCAGAAGGAGGGAAUAACGCGAGUCUGGUACCGCGACUUCCUCAGGGAGUGUUUAGGUAGGCGCAACUGCUUUAGCACAACUUGUUGGCCUGAGGUUGGCCCCCUUAACCAGCUUGCCAAAUUCUACCAUGCUCAACUGUCUGCCUUGAUCACAGCGUGCGAUGGCUGUCCUUCCAUCAUCGGCUCGACUAUCCAGUUACUGCUCAUUCCGCCCUGUAGUCUAUUGCCAUGUGUUCUGGCGACGAGUUGGAGAGGCUAGCUCGCGCUGCUAGGUUGGAGGGCAAGCUUCGACAGCCCGAAAACCAGCUGAGCGCGUUGCGGCUCCUCCAGGCGCUCGUAGUCAAGGAGAUAUAUGCGGCCAAGAAGCAGAUGGGUCUGGUCGAGGCCCGCCUCCGCAAAAUCCAGGAGGCUAACACCGCCGAGGGCCGUAACGACGAUAUCGACAAGCGCCUUGACGAGCUCCGAAAGGACAAAGAGGGCUUCCGCCAGCUGAUAUCCGAGGCCGGGGCCGCCGCCCGAGAUACCAAGGACGACCUAGAGAGCCUCCGUGACCAGGUCAGCGACGAGUACGUUAAAUUGACGGCUGACAACGUCAGGUUCGGCAAGGAUGUGAGGGCUCUGAACAAGCAGGUCAGCCAGCACCAGGAGCGGAUCAAAGCCGUCGAGAGCGCCCUCGACGAUUUCUUGGCGAAGCUGCCCCCUUGGCAGGACGAGCUCACUAAGCUGAACGGCGCGCUGGCUCGCCUAGAGCCGAUGGUAAGGUCCGUGUACGACAAGGCGGGCCGGCAGACAGAGGGGACGACGAUAGAGACCGUCAGCGAGCAGGAGGCCAAGAUUCGCCGCUUCCUCGACAUAUUCGUCCCUAGGCAGGAGAAAUUCCUCCAGUUCCUCGAGCAGCUCCCUGCGCGAUCGUCCGCGACGCUAUCCACAGCGUCGGAAUCCUCCACGAUGAUAUCUGAGUCGCUUGACGGGAACGCGGUCGGCGGCGGCGGCGGCGGCGGCGGCCGUAGCGACAACGGAAGCGACAGCAGAACCUCGCAGUUAAAAAGCCCCUCCCCCCUGGUACCCUCUAUUGUCCCACCAGAACCACCGCAGCAGCAGGAACAAGAGAAGAAGAAAGAAAGAGGAAACGACAAGAGAAAGAGGAAGGAGAGAGACAAAGUACGGGAUCAGGCGCAGCGGAUCCCCCAAGACGGUGACCCGGGCCCUCCUCCGGAGGCCCGCCGGCUACUCGAGCAGUACAACCACUUCAGCUGCUCGUACCGGGCGAAGCGGCCCAAGAGCGAGGCCCGCUUCGUCGGGUCCUUCCUGCGGCGCAUCGACGCCCGCGCCGCGAGGCUGUUGCGGGAGCGCCUCGGGUCGCCGGAUUCGCUACGCUGGGCCCACGUCAAGAACGCUAUGCACCGCCUCGACGGGCGCGAGCUGUUCGCGGUGCUGCAGGAGGGGGCCGAGGGGGCCCGGGGGGAGACAGAGAGGAGCGGAGAGGGGGACGAGGAGCCGGGGCCGCUGCCGAGGGACGAGAAGGAGAAAGAUAAAGUGCGGGGGGGAGAGGGGGAGCGGAGGGGAGAGCCCGAGCAAGAUCGACCGCGCAAGCGGCCCAGGACGAGGGCGGCAGCCAGGGAAGAGGCGGCGAUGGCGACGGCGACGGUGACGUCCGCGUGAUCGGACGGGGUUCCGUACCUAUCUGCAUACCAGACUUUCCCGCCUCGUCUUUCGAGAAAGAGCCGGGGGGGGGGGGUCUACGGAAAGGCAUACGUAUGUGCCUCCUUUUUGUUCGUCUCCCUCACCUUUUAUAGUUAGAUCUAGGUAGUGAUUCGCGUUUACUUGGCGGAUGAUGAAUAUAUACCAAGUUUGAUCCCC